GCCUGACAGUAGUAGUAGUAUUGAUGUCGUUGGUGCUACACAAUCAUUCCUCCCCUCUCCCUGGGGAUAUCCAUGUUGGGCUCUUAUCAUCGUCGUCACUAAUGACGAGAGAAUUGACAGCUGGCAAUCCUCCUAUCUUGUGACUAUGACUUGGGUCGGGAGGGAAAGUGGAAUGAAGCCACUGUGAUACUCGACGUAUCUGUCGCUAGUUGAUACACAGACACACACAGACACACACAUAUCAGCUCACGAAUCCGAGAGGGCUCUUUUUGUUCGAAUGGAUCAAUGUCAAGUAGAUACGUCCGGGUUGGUGAUUGGCAUUUUAGCGAUGCCUCAGGCUCGUGGGGUAGUAACUUCAAGCCCACAUGAUCCAAGCACCGCAAGAGGGAAUAGAAACAAGAUCAUCACCUCCACCAGAAGAAGAUAAGAUCGGAACCGCGGCGCUCUUCCCCGGUAUGCGACUCCGCCUGGGGGCAUUUGAGAUACUACAUACCACCGGCGAAUACUUGCAGAAUCAGGCAGAGAUGCCUCGGGAUCAGAUCGAGGCCAACUACGAAACCAGCUACCGACGAUAUUGGCUCAUCUUCGGGAAUAAAAACGUGGCUAGACCCAAGUGUCAAGGGUCCGUGGCGAAAGUAGUCGACAAAACAGUGACAGUCAGCAGACACCAACAAAAUGGCCACCAAAGAGGGCAGGUGAGAGAUGAGCUGUCAAAUGCCCCUGAUGAGGCGAGAAAUGGAUUUAGGCAGCGAGUUGACAAGUGCGGAGUGAUAUCAGCAGUAUCUUGUCUAAGCCAAUCGUUCGGGAUCCAUUUUUGGGGGAAGUCAAGUGACCCGACGGAAUUGACGGGGUUGAACUCAUCCAAUAACAUCCCCUGCGCGGUAUGUCUGGAGGGUGGGAGAGUCUUCCUUCAUACUUCAUCCGGUACCAAAUUUAGCGAGAGAGUCAAGCCUCAAAUCGGUUGCAGCCAAGUACAAACAAGUACUUGA